AUGGAUUCAAAACAAGCUCAAUUGAGAAGAAAGGAAGUUCACGAAGAAGAUAAUAAAGAUGAAGACUUUACGUUCGCGAUCAGCGGCGGAGAUUCGUCGCCGAUCUCCGCCGAUGACGCGUUCGAGCACGGGAAGAUCCGGCCGAUUUAUCCGUUAUUUGAUCAGAAUUUAUUGUUAAAUGACGGAGAAUUGAGUUUACCUGCUCGGCCGCCGGUGGAGCACGUGUUUAUGGAGUCUCCGGCAAGAAAGUCCGACGAAAUGGAGAGAAUCGCCACCGGACCGUACUGCGCGUGGUCGAAAUCGCCGGAGAUGUCGAGGAAGAGCAAUUCCACGGGUUUCUCGAAGCUCUGGAGAUUCAAGGAGUAUAUGCAGAGGAGUAACAGUGAUGGACGCGACGCGUACGUGUUUUAUAAUCAGAAUUCGACCGGAGAGGCCUCGUCGGAGAAGAAGAUUAUCGCCAAAAAAAGCGCGUCGGAGAAGAAGGCGGUAGUUGAGGAAAAGAAAAAGGCGAAGAAAGGAGAUAAAACGAUGUCGUCUCAUGAGGUUUAUUUGAAGAAGAAAGGUUAUAAUCCCGAGGAGAAACGGAAGUCGUAUUUACCUUACCGGCCGGAGUUGGUUGGGUUUUUUACUAAUGUUAAUGGCGGUGGGUUGAGUAAAAAUGUUCAUCCAUACUAA